AUGGCAAAAGUGACUACUGAUUCCACAAAUGAUGAUAUAUCUGAAUCUGUCCUUUUGAUCACCUUAAUAGUGCCAGGAAUUGAGUGCAUCACAGGCAUGAUUGGGAAUGGUUUCAUUGUGGCCACGAAUGCCAUUGAGUGGUUCCAGAGCAAAAGACUCUCCACUAGUGAUUUUACUUUGAUGAUUUUGAGUUGUUCAAGACUCUUGUUACAGUUCUGGUUGAUGUUGGAAAAUACUUACAGUUUAUUAUUCCCAUUUUCUUAUAAUCAAAAUAUAGUGUAUAAAACCUUCAAAGUCAUCUUCAUGUUCCUGAACUAUUCCAAUCUCUGGUUUGCUGCUUGGCUCAAUGUCUUCUAUUGCAUCAGGAUUGCCAACUUCACCCAUCCCCUGUUCCUCAGGCUAAAGUGGAGAAUCACUGGAUUAAUGCCCUGGCUCCUCUGUUCAUCUGCUUUCAUUUCUUUGUGCUACAGUCUUCCCAUUUCCAUGGAUGUCUACAAUGUUUUUGUUAAUUCUUCCAUUCCAGUUCCCUCCUCCAAUACCACAGAGAAUAAAUUCAUUACAGAGACCAAUGUGGUUAACUUUGCUAUCAUGUAUCACCUGGGCAUUUUUAUCCCUCUAAUCAUGUUCAUCUUUGCAGCUACUCUAUUGAUCAUCUCUCUCAAGAAACAUACUCUCCAAAUGAAGAAUAAUGCCACAGGUUCCAGAAAUCCCAGCAUGGAGGCUCACAUGGGAGCAGUCAAAGCAAUUAGUUCCUUCCUCCUCUUCUAUGUCUUCAACUUUGUGGCUUUGCUCCUCUAUAUGGCCAAUGUCUUUAAAAACAACAGCUUUGGAAAUAUUUUAUGCAAAAUUAUCAUUACUGCCUACCCUGCUGGUCAUUCAAUUCUACUGAUCUUCAGCAAUCCCAAACUAAGAAGAACCUGGAAGAAGCUUCAGCACAAUGUUAGAUUCCACCUAAAACAUUAG